AUGGCUCGGAUCACCGCCGCCACCCCUAUCUCCGCCGACGAACCUCACCCCGCCGCCGCCUUCCCCUCCCACAGACCUUCCUUCCCGAUCAAACCCGCCUCAUUUCCUACUCUUCCCACCAAACGCAGAUCGACAGCGAUCUCCGCCAUCCAACCCUCCAACCCGCCGCCGUCCUCCUCCGCCGCUACCGUCACCCCCUCGCCAAAAAGGUGGAGUCUUGAAAGCUGGAAAUCCAUGAAGGCGUUCCAGAUCCCGGAAUACCCGGAAAAGACGGUCCUCGAGUCGGUCCUGAAGACGCUUGAAUCCUUCCCUCCUAUAGUAUUCGCCGGCGAGGCUCGCAGCCUCGAGGAGCGUCUGGGACAGGCGGCGCUUGGUAAUGCAUUCCUGCUGCAGGGAGGGGAUUGCGCGGAGAGCUUCAAGGAAUUCAGCGCCAACAACAUUAGGGAUACUUUCAGGGUGCUGCUGCAGAUGAGUGUGGUCCUCAUGUUUGGUAGUCAGAUGCCUGUUAUCAAGGUGGGCAGAAUGGCGGGUCAGUUUGCUAAGCCGAGAUCAGACCCGCUUGAAGAAAAGGAUGGUGUGAAGCUGCCGAGUUACCGUGGGGAUAAUGUCAAUGGCGAUGCUUUUGAUGAGAAAUCGAGAACUCCGGAUCCCGAGAGAAUGAUUAGAGCUUACACACAAUCGGUGGCCACACUAAACCUUCUUAGAGCAUUUGCUACAGGAGGGUAUGCUGCUAUGCAGAGGGUCACACAAUGGAAUCUUGAUUUUACUGAUCACAGUGAACAAGGUGACAGGUAUCGCGAACUGGCUAACCGAGUGGACGAGGCCCUUGGCUUCAUGGACGCCUGUGGCCUUACUUCCGACCACCCCAUAAUGACCACGACAGAGUUCUGGACCUCGCACGAGUGUUUGCUUUUGCCUUACGAACAAGCCCUGACAAGGGAGGACUCGACUUCGGGCCUCUACUAUGACUGCUCGGCCCACAUGCUCUGGGUUGGUGAACGAACAAGGCAGCUCGAUGGUGCUCAUGUUGAGUUCCUCAGAGGAGUUUCUAACCCCUUAGGAAUCAAGGUUAGUGACAAGAUGGACCCUAAUGAGCUAGUUAAGCUCAUUGAUAUUUUGAACCCUGGAAAUAGACCCGGAAGGAUCACGGUGAUCACAAGAAUGGGGGCUGAGAACAUGAGAGUCAAACUUCCUCAUCUGAUUAGGGCUGUUCGUGGAGCGGGCCAAAUCGUGACUUGGGUGAGCGAUCCUAUGCAUGGGAACACCAUCAAGGCUCCCUGUGGACUCAAGACUCGCUCUUUUGACUCAAUCAGGGCUGAGGUGAGAGCAUUCUUUGACGUGCACGAUCAGGAAGGAAGCUACCCAGGAGGUGUGCAUUUGGAGAUGACGGGUCAGAAUGUGACCGAGUGUGUUGGUGGGUCCCGCACCAUCACUUACAACGACCUCAGCUCGCGUUACCACACGCACUGUGACCCGAGGCUCAAUGCUUCUCAGUCUCUGGAGCUCGCUUUUAUCAUUUCCGAGCGGCUUAGGAGGCGAAGGAUUGGGUCUCAAUCCACUGGUUCAUCUCUCAGGAUGUGA